AUGGCAACUGAAGAAGAACACGGAAUGCACGUUCGAGUCACGCAGCUAAUUGUCUCUUUCCUCCCCGAAACCGAAACAUCCAAAGCCGUGAUACAUGACCUCUAUCACAGUUAUUUGCUUCCUGUCCAUGACUACGUCUCCAAUGAAUUUUUGAUGACCGGCGUUGCCGUUGCUCACUCGUUCUGCACGCGUCUGCUUCUUCGUUGCCCUGCAAAUCCUGACAAAUUUUCCGGUCUUGUCAUCAUGGAACCAUCUCACCUAUGGGGCCAUGCCUGGCUGGAAGUUGAUUCGCAGGCUCCCGAGUCUAGCGUCUAG